CCACGCCGCCGUGCUCGUCUCAUCGAUGAGCCUCUCAGACUUGUGACUCUUGCCUCGCAUCUUCAACGUCUCCGACGCCCAGCUCACUGGCAACUCGCCAUGACGCCGACCAUCCUUCGCGAGAGGCCGACGACUGACGACGACUCUUGGAUAUUCCAAACCGCCCUGCCACCACUGAAACGUCCCGGGAUGGGCCUCCAUAUCUCUUUUUCACCUGAAAAGAUUACACUCGACAGGACACAGUUCCCUCAGAACCGAAUCUUGCAGUCAGACGACGCGACCAAAUUCGUCUUGGUGUCGUUCGAGAAGCUCAGAUUCCCUGAUACGUCGCCCCGUGUUGCGCAGGAGUACAUGAUCCGCUUCUUCAAAGCGGGCUUAUUCUUGAACGGUACGCAAUACCGGUUCUACGGGCACAGUAACUCUCAGCUGCGAUCUCGAAGCUGCUUUCUUCGCCAAGCCGAGAAUGAUGAAGAACUCGACGCACUGAUAUAUCGCCUUGGUGACUUUCUUAAGAUUACCAGUGCUUCUAAGAGAGCAAAGCGCAUUGGCCUCUUGUUCUCAGAAGCAAAAAUCGACUGGAAUUUGCAGCCACGAUGGACGAAGGACAUUGAUGACAUCGUCGUGAACGGAGAGACCUUUUCGGAUGGAUGUGGGCUGAUCUCGGUCAAGUUUGCGAAGCAACUGAGCAAACACAAGCGCAUUUUGUACCAUGGACGACCCUAUACUCCAACUGUCUAUCAGAUCCGCUAUCGUGGCUACAAAGGAGUACUCGCUAUCGACCCGCGGUUGACGACCGACCACGUCCACUUCCGCAAGAGCCAGAAGAAAUUCACAGCAACUCAGAACGACACCUUCUCCGUGGUCGAUCACUCAACCCCGUUUGCGUUCGCACGGCUGAAUAACGACAUUGUCGUCCUCCUCGCGAGCUUGGGCAUCUCUUCGGACGCUUUCCUUGCGAAGCAACGCGGUUAUCAUGAGUGGCUGCAGAAAGCCUCGGACGGCUGGGAAGCAGCGUUCGACUUGCUCUGCGCUGCGAAUCGCUACGCAAUGGCUGAACGAUUACUACUCGAGGGCAUCGACUCCAAGCCUGUACGCCAAGAGAUACGCGCCCUGCAGAAUAGCGAGCUGGCGUCCAUUCGGAAGAACGACCGACUCCGCGUCAGGACCCUCGUUCCAAAAUCACGGUUUCUGUUUGGCGUCUGUGAUCCCUACAGCGUCCUUCGCGAGGGCGAAGUGCAUGUUCGCAUCAUGAUCCCGAGGAAAGGAAUAACGACGCUCACGAACGUCGACGUCCUGGUGGUGCGGAACCCGUGUCUUUACCCUGGGGACUGUCUCAAGCUUCGUGCUGUUCAUCACCCUGCAUUGGACCAUCUGAUCGACUGCCUCGUCUUUGCCAGUCGCGGUCGACGCGCAGCGCCUUCAAUGAGCUCCGGUGGUGACCUUGACGGAGACAAGUUCACUGUCAUCUGGGAUCCCGACCUCGUUCCGAGAAAGGUCGCGCAGUCUUAUGACUAUCCCGCCCCUCCAGAGCGUCUAAAUGCAAAGAUCGCUCGUCAGGACCUUGCUAAGCAUUUCGCAGCGUACAACAGCAUAACGAUGGGACGCGUAGCUGCUCUGCAUCAAAAGUGGAUUCGCCUCAGCCCGGCAGGCGCGAUGAGUGCAGAGUGCCAAGAACUCAACGCGCUUUACUCCCUCGCCGUCGACGGUGGCUCGAUCAAGAUCCCUGAGCGCCUCGUCAAAGUCCCCCAAAACGUGAUGCAGGAGCCCUACGUGCUCGACGUCCUGCACGAUGCGGCUCGAGAGUUCGCCGAGCACUUCCGCCAGAUUGGGCCCGAGGAGUCUAACGGCGGCGCAGCGAGCGUAGAUGUCGCGGAGGACAUGAUUCUCCGGCUCCUCUCCUCGGAGAAGGCGACCAUGUCAGAAUACGAGAUGCUCUGCAAGGCAGCUGCGAUUGCGCGGAAACAUGGUAUCGAUAUGAGGAGAUACUUUUCGCACGUAGACUUCAGCGCGCUGACCGUCGCGGAGAAGUACGCUACCGCGAGUAUGCUAGCAAUGACGGAAGAUGAGAUACCCUACGUUUGGAACAGCCUUGUCCGCUCUGAGAUCCUGCGGCGCAAAGACCUCGAAGACAGGGAUUUGGGUGGACCGCUUCGCCUACAGCGCCUAUAUUCUUCGUCCAUACAAGGCCGCGCAGCAUUCUUCGAGUACCUGAAAAAUGCUCUGCAAAAUUACAAUCGGAGGAUGAUAUUGUUGAAGACCGACGACCGCUUUUCCGCCGGCAUUUUCUUCCGCGGGCCCAUCCCUUGGGACGAAGACCAUGUAAUAGAUGAUAAUGUUCUGGCAUGCUCCUUCCUGCCCGAGUCGACGACCGUUAUAUCCACGUACAAGCGCGGCGUCAAAGGCUGGAUCCUGUCUUGCUCAGACAAUACGUUGCAGCUCUUCAACCGACAACGGGCGAACACAUUCAUCUUUCUCACUCGACCCCCAGAGAAAUCUGGCGCAGAUAUUAUCACGAGCAUAGCGCUGCAAAAUUUCUCGCGGUUUGUCCAGCAGCAAUAUGGACGCAUGAACCGUACGCCAGUCACCUCCAUCGAGAUUCACGUCGUGUCGAACCGAGAUCGGGUCGCUCAUCAGCUCUUUGACUUGCGCUUUGAAUACGUAGAGACAGAAGAACUCCUGCACAGAUUCGACCACAGACCCGGCCAGUAUACCCCAAACUCGCUGCUGAGCGUGAACUGGGAGGAACGACCUGCCGAAGAGCGCACAGUCUUGGUCGGCGCUCUCGAUGCUGCCUCUCGCGUGCUGGAUGCCACCUCAUCCGACGACGCCCUCGGCUACUUCUACAUGGCCAGAAAACACCGCGCAGAGGACCGAAUGUUCCACAUCUUCGAAUCGCUCCUGCGCAAGGACGACUUUCCAUUGCACACGGUUCUGACGGCCAUGGUCGAACACCCGCCUCUGGCGUAUUGUGCUCUCAAGCGGUUCCUAUCGGAGGAGCCAGCGGAGCUCAGCGAGCCUCUCCGCGCAAGGCUGGCUAUAGCUGUGCUCAUUCAGAUUGUUCGCUCCGCAAACGACCUCGGCAUGGCCGCCCUCGCAGCGCUCGAGCGCCUCGCCUCGGUCAUCGCUAAACUCGACCUCUCGGCCUACCUCGACCUGCUCUGGCUCGCCGCCCUCUGCGUCCGCUCCUUCGAGGUCGUGCAAGAGGUGCUCCUCGUCCUUCACGAGAGCCGGACGGCGCAGCAGGACGUCCCCGCCAUCGAAGCGUAUGCGCACAAGCACGCCCUGGCGAUCGUCUUCGACCGCGCAGAAGAGGCCGCCGACGCCUGUCCCUGCGACGAGCAGGGGCGUCCGCGGCGGCAGAAGACGGCGCCA